CAAUAUGAUUUGGGUAUUUUUAUUAAAAUGUCUAGCUGUAAAUUUGAAUUUUAAGUUGGCAACACUACUUUUAAUUAAUAUAUAUGCAGAUGCGGAUUGGAUGUCAUUUGAAUAUUUUAUGUAGUGAUGUGACAAAACAAGUCUUACACAUUGCUAUCUGAUCUGGUUCAUCUGAUUUUAAUAUUAUUAUUCAAGGUUUGUGUUUUUCUACAUUCUUAAAUUAUAAUGACAUGGAAACAAAUAAGGUUUAAUCUCCAAUGGCUGGAUCCAGCUAUUCAUCCAGAACUCAAUUCCUGGUUAGGAACUAUAAAAGAAGAUUAUACAAAAACAUUUUGCUGCAAUUGUUGUAAAGUUUUCUUUAAGUAAUAUGGAAAAGCAUGCAUUAGUAUCACAUGCAAAUAGUUCUAGUCAUGUUGAAAUAGAAAGAUUGAAGUCGGAACAAACUUCACUGAUAAGGUUUUUAACCCCAACAAAUUCAAGCUCUUCUAAUAGUCAACAAAAUGUGUGUGAAACGGCUUCUGUUGUAGAAGAUAGAUCUAUGAUCACUAAUGAACAGUCUGUCACCAAAUCAACAUUUCUUAGCAGCACAUUGACACCUUUUGUGAUAAAAGAUGAUGUAAUAAAAGCAGAGAUAACUUGGGCAUUGGCAGUUGUAAAGAAAAAGAUGUCACUCAAUUCAUGCUCUGAUAUUAAAAACAUUUUCAAAAAAAUGUUUCCUGACAGUGCUAUAGCCAUGCAAUUUCAAUUGGGUCCAGAUAAAGCUUCCUAUAUAAUAAAUUAUGGCCUAGCCCAUUAUUUCAGAGAAAAAUUGAUUAAUGCUGUUACAAGUUGCGAUAAUAUUACUAUCUCCUUUGACGAAUCACUAAACAAAGUUGCUCAAAGAACUCAAAUGGAUCUUGUGAUAAAAUACUGGGACGAGAGUAAAGAUAAGGUUAUGACCAGAUAUUUAAAUAGUGUCUUUCUGGAUCAUAGUACAGCAGAUGAUCUUCUCUCUGCAUUUCUCAAUGGUCUUUCAGAAAUUCAUCUUGAUCUAGCAAAAAUUCUUCAUAUCUGUAUGGACGGACCAAAUGUAAACAUAAGUUUUCUGAAUAAAUUAGAAGAUCACAUGGAGACACAGAACAUUGGUAAAUCAUUUGUGAGAAUGGGAACAUGUGGUUUACAUGUAGUCCAUGGUGCUGUAAAAGCUGGUUUUAAAGUAGUAGAUUGGAAUUUGUUACCACUGCUACGGAAUUUGCAUCUUGAAUUAUAUUCUUGUUCAGGUAGAAAUCAACAACUGUUUUCUGUUGUUGAAAAAGAUCAAUUCCUCUCUACCUGA